AUGGUGAAUAAUAAUGUGGUCAAGUUAAAGAAAAUAUGGAAUCACCCUAUUACAAAUUAUCUGAAAUCCCAAUGGUUCUUUUAUUGUUUAGCUAUAUUUAUUGUCAUAGCUAGGUUUGCUCCAAACUUUGCAAGAGAUGGUGGUUUAAUUAAAGGUGAAUAUAGUAUUGGAUAUGGUGCAGUAGCAUGGAUUUUUUUACAAAGUGGCUUAAGUAUGACCACUAGAAGAUUAAUGGCCAAUAUGACUAAUUGGAGAGCACAUAUUACCAUUAUGAUGAUCAGUUUUUUAGUCACAUCCGCAAUCGUUUUCGGUUUUUGUUGUGCUAUUAAAGCAUCAAAUAAUAAUCAAAUUGACGACUGGGUACUAAUUGGGCUAAUAUUGACUUCUACCUGCCCAACAACUGUUGCAUCAAAUGUUAUAAUGACUGCAAAUGCAGGUGGAAAUGAUUUACUUUGUGUAUGUGAAGUUGUUAUUGGUAAUUUAUUAGGAACUUUUAUUACACCUGCUAUGGUACAAUUAUAUACUUCAACUUCUGAAUUUUCCUUUGGUAAUCCUGCUGCUAAUUCAGGGAUAUCUCAACUUUAUAGAAGGGUGAUUAAACAAGUUGGAUUAUCUGUUUUCGUGCCGUUAUUUGCUGGCCAAGUUACACAAAAUAUUUUUCCAAAUCAAACACAGAUCUAUCUAUCUUUUUUAAAAAGGUAUCAUAUAAAAAUUGGAUCAUAUAUGUUGUUAUUAAUCAUGUUUAGUUCAUUUUCAACUGCUUUUUACCAAAAGUCCUUUACUAGUGUCUCCCAUGUGUGCAUUAUUUUUAUUUGUUUCUUCAAUGUUGGGCUAUAUCUAUUAUUCACAUUGAUUUGUUACCUCUUUUCUCGACCCUUAAUCAUAUUAAGGAUAUUUCCAAAGACACCAACUAAAACAGGAUUAUUCGACAUUUAUUAUUAUUCAUACAAGUUAUUAAGGCCUUUCUAUUAUUCAAAGAGAGAUACUAUUUGUAUUAUGUUUUGCGGUGCUGCUAAAACUGCUGCGUUAGGUGUCUCGUUAAUCACAUCUCAAUAUGGUGACGACAAAACGCAUUUGGGUAAACUAUUAGUUCCGUUGAUUCUUUAUCAAAGUGAACAGGUUAUUGUUGCAAGUUGGUUUGUCCCUUUAUUUAGAAGAUGGGCCGCUGAUGAAAUAGAGGAAAUGACUGAAAAUGAGAACGAUGAUGAAAUAAUAUCACAAACUUCUAAAAUUAGUACUGUCAAAGAUGACGCGAAUUACAGAUCUGGUGAACUAAAUUCAUUGUCUUCACCUAGUGACACGGGAUUACGAAACGAAAUAUAUACAUGA